AUGGGAAUUCCAAUUAAAAGACUACAAAAUUUCCUGAGCUCUUGCAUUUCUACUCACUGUCUCAACAAUGGAACAUGUUCAAAUACUACCGGAUCGUACCGUUGUAUCUGCCCGCCAACGUUCCAUGGCCCGUUCUGCCAGUUUGAUGUCAAUGCCACCAACUACAGCUGGAGUGCUUUGGAAAUCGCUCUUCUAUUCUUUGUGGUCUUCAUGAUUGCGUUCGCCAUCUUUAUAGUCUGUUGCGCAUCAUCAAAUCGUAUGGGUUUCUACAUCAGUGUACCAAACAAACAUUACAACAGAUGGGCCGAGGAAGACGAUAUGUUUGACGACCUCCCAACGGAGAAUGGCGAGCAACUAAUGGCAAUGGCCGAUAUACGAAAAGGAAUCGUGGUAUCUAGAACCCGAGAAACGGUACUUGAAGAUUUGGAGGACUCGGCAAUACUGCAACUGUAA